AUGUUCGCCAUCUACAAGGCAUCUGUUGACCCUGAACCUGGAGAUUUGAUUGAGAUAUUCCGAGGUAUUUAUGCACACUGGGCCAUCUAUGUUGGGGAUGGAUAUGUCAUCCACUUAACUUCAGAUGGACCACCUGAUUCAGCAUCAGUGAUUGCAUCCUCCAGCUCAGCGGGCUAUGGUGUGGUUAAAAAAGAGCGCCUCAUUGAUGUUGCUGGAUGGAAUCGCUACAAAGUCAACAACGAGUCUGAUGCCAAAUGGAAACCUUUACCUGUUAAGGAGAUAUUAAAAAAUGCUGAAGCUCAGGUUGGGAAGAGAAGGAAUUACAGUGUAACAACAGCAAAUUGUGAACACUUUGUCAAUGAGCUUCGAUACGGAAAAUCUGUAUCAUAUCAGGUCCAUCAUUUUGGUGUACUUGGUAUUCCUGCAGUGGCUGCUGCUGCUGUUGUUGGUGGUGCUGCUGUUGUUGGUGGUGCUGCUGUUGUUGGUGGUGCUGCUGUUUGUUCACCUGCUGCUGCUGGUGCUGCUGUUGUUGGACUUAUUGGAUAUGGUAUUAGAGCUCUACGUUUUUGAUUUGCAAAAUCUUGAUCAUUUCAAGGGUGAUUAAUACAUCACGACGUGUUGAAUAACUGUGUGUAUCUGUUCUGUUCCAUGUCACAAUUUUACACU